UGUUAGCUUUGUAAUCCACUACACUACCACCUAAAAUGCUCGUGGCAGUGCCAAUGUCAUUUUGGCAUACAAUACUAAAAAAAUUCACCACACAAAAGGCAGUGUCAUCGAAAAAGCUAGACCAUACGCAGGUCUUGAUUUUAAUCCCCCUAAAAAGCAAAAAAAAAACUAAACUUAAGAAUACAACGACGAAAAGGUGCAAAAUAAAAGAGAACCUGUCCCUGACAAAACUGCCCGUUUUUUUAUUUUUUCUUCCUCGAAGCAAUCAUUAGGAUUGUUUGUUUAAAAAAAAAUUAAAUAAUUUACUAUAAGAAAAAAUAAAUUAAAUUUUGAUUAACAAAAAAGUAGUUUAUUUUAACUUCGACCAAACAAAAAACCAACUCUGAAUCCUGUAGUUUUUUUUAUAUAAAAAAGUGGAAUUUAUUGACAAAACUCCUUCUCUACUUCUAAAAAACCAAAAACUUUUUUUGUAAGAAAUUUUUUCGAGGACCACUCAUCGUCGUCGUCGUCUUGCUGAGGUCAAAAUUUUGUAUCUGUGAUUUUUUUCCAUUCUACUAGUCCCAAGGAGGAAAACUAAAAUAUAUUUUUCUAUUCAUAUAUAUCGGCUAAUUAACUCGAAUAAUGGUUGCAUUUAAUAUCCGGGGGUGCGUUGUACUAAAAAAUGUGUAGUUUUUUUUUUUCUACAAAAAGAAAAUCUUCACGGUCAUAGAAGAAUCUCAUUUGUAAACAAAAUACAACAGGGUGAUACCAAUUAAAAUAGAAAAAAAUAAAAUACAAAUCCAUAUUUUUUACAAUAAAUUUUGAAAAGCAAUUAUUGUAUCCUCUGGCCCUCAUUCUCUCUUCCGCGCGCUCUUUGUUGUAAACUUGUGUAAAGUGAGUGUCCUUGUGCUGCAAGCAAGCAAGGUAUUUCCUCCUUUAACCCAGAUACAAUUUAAUCCAAAAGAUACAAAAAUAGAAACCCAAUGCACCAGCUGUAGCCAGCAGCAGCAGUAGCAGUAUUGUUGUAUUGCAGUUGUUGGUCUUUCAAAUGACGCAUUCAGUUUGAAAACAAAAAAAAAAAUCGUCUUCAAAGUUAUUGUAAAAAAAAAAAUUAUCCACGAUUUCAUUGAAAAUUUAAGGAAAAAUCUAAUUUUUUAUUACAAAAAAAAAAAAAAAAAAAACAUAAUCUACAGUAAAGGCCGGAAAAAUAUGACAGAAGCAAUUUAAGAAUUGUACAUGUCAGAAACAGGAUAACACGAUUUAAGGACCCAACAGAAAAGUUAUGUGCUUCAAAAAGGCAUUGAAGUUUCUCUUGUGCUGCUCAUCUAACAAGGGGGAAGGAUUAAAUGAGUCGACAUUUCAUGAUUAUAUCGAAACACUUCCUGUGUACUCGAAUGACAACCUUGGUGACAUAAAAGAAGGUCUUAGCUUUACAGUAACUGGAUACAUCCUUCCUAAUUGCGAAAAAUUCUCAAUUAAUUUAAUCCUUGAAACACCAACUCGUGACAUCGCUCUCCACGUCAAUCCACGCCUGCCACAAAACUACAUUGUUCGAAAUGCUCGCGUGAAAAAUAUCUGGGGCAGCGAAGAGGUUUCAUCAGCGCUGCCCUUUAGUUUACAUCGAGGCUCAAAGUUCGCCAUACAAAUUUUAAUAACAGACAGUUGUUACAUGAUCUCGGUGAAUGGGAAUCACUUUGCCGAAUUUAACCAUCGUUUGCCUUAUAAAUCUGUGGCGUGCCUUGAGGUUAGCGGUGAUGUGGAUAACAUCAAUUUUAGCCGCACCGAAUCUUCUAAAUACCCCGAACGAUUACCCGAAUCAAAAGCCAAAGAAAUCCGUGUCGAUCUUGAGUCAGAGGAUCAAAUUGAUACUCCCUCAGCUUGGAAACUAAUUACCCUAAAUGGUUGCAAUGAUGGUGGUCUUCAACUACCUUACUAUGGUUUAUUGCCGCCAAAGAUGUUUGGCAGUGGCAAAUGCCUUCGGAUAGAAGGUCGAGUGAAGCUACUGCCGCACUCAUUCUAUGUGAAUCUCCAAGGCGGACAGGAUAUAUGGCCGCAUCCUAUAAUUGCAUUCCACUUUAAUCCGCGAUUUGCCAAACAGGGUGGCGGUAUUGGCAAACAUGUGGUUUGUCGGAAUGCCUGGUACAACGGCACAUGGGCCAAGGAGCAACGAAGCGAAUUGGAUACCGAUUUCUGUCCUGGUAAAAGUUUCAGCCUAGUCAUUGUCUGUGGAAUGGCAUCCUACGAAGUAUACGUAAAUAAAAAACUCAUAACCGAGUUCCGAUUUCAUGUUGAUCCUGAAAUCGUUGAUACAGUAUACGUACAAGGUGACAUCAAACUAUGGGAUGUUGUCCUCGAAAACCAUUCAGCACCGAAUGGUGCUGGAAAUAGAAUCUACCAAAAUCCCGCUUACCAAGAAGACAACUAAUUUAGGAUUUUUUUUUGCAAAUACUUUGCUCAACUCAAAAGAAUUUUUUUAAGCGCGCCUACUUCUCAAUAAGGUUUAUCUAGAUUUUAAGAACAAAAAAAAAACAAAAAUCAAUAAUAGUUAAUACAAAUAUUUGUUUUUUAUUUGAAUUAUGUAUAUUAUAUAGGAAAAUUUGCAUUUUUUAUCGAAUGCUGCAAUUUUAUUAAUUUUUUUUGUCUUUUUAAGAUGAUAAUAUUUAUAACUUAGCCUAUUUUUUUUUUGUAAUUUUACUCAUCUUGGAUGGUUAAGGACAAUAAUGUUGAAUGUUUAAACGUUGGGAAACAAUAUUUACUUGUUGUUAAAAAAAGAAAAUGUUAUUGCAUUUCAUUAAAUAUAUAAAAAACAAAAAAACACUAUAUCGACAUAAAUGUUUAAAAAAAAAGAAUAUAUUAUGUGUGGGCUUUUUUGACAAUUUAUUAAAAUUUAAAAAAAGAAAAAAAAAACUAACACUCAUAAAAAAUUAUUAUUGUA